AUGACAAGCAUUGAUAAUCACAAUUCGAAACUCCAAGAAGACAUUGGCAAAUGCGAAAUGUCGACAAGAAUUGAUUUGAACAAUCGAGAAUUGGCCGAUGAAGAUAUGAAUAUUGUUGUUGAAAAUGCAAUCAUCAAUAAGCGUUGUCCUUCUCUAUGGUUAUAUGAUAACAUGCUCACAUCACAAGGUGCCCGAAUUCUAGCAGGUAGCAUAGCGAAUAAUAAUACGUUGCAAGAAUUAUUUCUUGAUGGUAAUCAAAUAUUGGAUAUCGGAGUGCAUUAUUUAUCACUCAUUCUGAAUAGUUCGACUCUAACAUCACUGAGUCUCUCGGAAAACAGUAUUACAGAUCAAGGUGCCAAGUAUCUUGCUGAAACGCUCAAGACCAAUCGAACAUUACGACGUCUUUGGCUGUAUCACAAUCAAAUAGAUGAUCAUGGAAUGCAAAUGUUCGCUGAUACACUGACACGACAUAAUACCUCACUCGAAUGGUUAGAUCUUCGUUCAAACAAGUUGGUAACUGAUGCAAGUUUUGAUCCUUUAAUUUCAAUGCUUGAAUCGAAUCAUUCGUUGAAGAAAUUCUGGAUGGAGUAUUGUAAUCUUUCCUAUGAAUAUAAAGCAAAACUUCGGCAAGCGGCAAAAUCAAAGAUGAACUUUGACUUAGGUGCUUAG